AAUAAGAGCUGUUUGUGACUUCGUCUGGGAGUGGAGGAAAGGCUGAUGUUGGGGGUGGGGUGAGGUGUAAACUCGCUCUUAGGUUCUCAUUUGAACUAGAGACCCACCCCCUUACUCCUCCCCCCACCCAACUCCCACUGGAAUGGCUUCUCCGGGGACUGAGGAGGCUGCAGCUGGAGAAGAUGGUGUUGGCAGCAGCAGCCACAAAUUCAGUGAUGCAGCAAACUGAGUGAUUUCAGAAAGAAAGCCCUAAUUCCUAGGGCUUGAGAUUCCCUCACCUACUGACAUUGACUUUGGCCAGGCUACCUGAAGAACUGGACCCUUGGAAUAGCCCAAAGAGCAGUCAUGGCAGCUUGCCCAGACCUGUAAUUUCCAAGGCUUUCACUGUGUGCCUCCCACAGAUGAUUGAAAUUCUUAAGCAGCAAGCACUGCUUAGCUCCUUUCCUAGAAAAAGCAACUAACAACCCCGGCCUUGUCUGAGCCCCCUUCGGACAGUAGGGAUUGUAUCUUGGAGCCCCUCUCCCUGCCAGAAAGUCCAGGUGGCAUCACCACUUUAGAAGGUUCCCCAUCUGUGCCUUGUAUCUUCUGUGAAGAACAUUUUCCCGUGGCUGAACAAGACAAACUUCUGAAGCACAUGAUUAUUGAGCACAAGAUUGUCAUAGCUGAUGUCAAGCUGGUUGCUGAUUUCCGAAGGUAUGUUUUAUACUGGAAGAAGAGGUUCACUGAGCAGCCCAUCACUGAUUUCUGUAGUGUGAUAAGAACCAAUUCCAAAGCUCCAUUUGAGGAGCAAGACAAUUAUUUUUUACUAUGUGAUGUUUUACCAGAAGAUAGAGUCCUUAGAGAAGAGCUGCAGAAACAGAGAUUGAGAGAAAUCCUAGAACAGCAACAGCGUGAAAGAUAUGAUACCAGCUUCCAUGGGGAAUGUAUGUUUUGCAGUGAAGAAUUCACAGGAAACAGGUCUGUCCUUUUGAAUCACAUGGCAAGAGAACAUGCUUUCAACAUUGGACUGCCAGACAAUAUUGUACAUUUCAGUGAAUUUCUCAAGACAUUACAGAAAAAGCUUGACAACUUGCAGUGCUUGUACUGUGAAAAGUUCUUCAGAGAUAAAAAUACACUUAAGGAUCACAUGAGGAAAAAGCAACAUCGCAGGAUCAAUGCUAAGAAUAGAGAAUAUGACCGGUUUUAUGUGAUUAAUUAUUUGGAGCUCGGAAAGUCUUGGGAAGAAGUUCAGUCAGAAGAUGAUCGGGAGCUAUUAGAACAUCAGGAAGAUGACUGGUCUGAUUGGGAAGAACACCCCGUCUCUGCUGUUUGCUUGUUUUGUGAAAAACAAGCAGAUACUACUGAAAAAUUACAUAUCCACAUGGAGGAUGCACAUGAAUUUGAUCUUCUGAAAAUAAAGUCAGAACUUGGAUUAAAUUUCUAUCAGCAAGUGAAAUUGGUCAACUUCAUUCGGAGGGAAGUUCACCAAGGUAGAUGUUAUGGCUGCCAUUUGAAAUUUACAUCCAAAGCAGAAUUAAGAAACCACAUGGAGAAAAGUAAACACAUAUCAAUGCUUCCUGAAAGAACCACAUGGGAUCAGCCACAGUAUUACUUUCCAACGUACGAAAAUGACACCCUCCUGUGUGCGCUAUCUGACAGCGAAGGUGACCUGAGUGAGAAGGGACUGAAGGAAGAUGACAUCCCCAUCAUCAGUGAGGAUGUGUCCAAUCUGCAGGCUCUCAAACAAAGCAGCGUUUUGAACCAGUUGCUACAAGGAGAAGGCUCAAAAAGCCAGAGAAAGCUGUAGCCAACAGUGGAAAUGUUGGGCUAGCUUUAAAACCCAAUCACAAAAGGACAGUUCAGAUUUCAACACAGGACCUCAGAGAUCAUCUUGUCCAACCCUAUUAUUUUAUAGACAGAAAUACUCAACUCCAAAGAGGUUUUGUGAUUUGCCUUGGAGAAAACUAGAAGUAACUAUAGCAGAACCAGUAUUCCACCUCAGGUCACCAGUUCCAAGAUAGGAGAUCAGUCAAAAAAAGGAGAAAACAUGGAAUUUUGGAAAUGAAGUCCAGAUAACUUAAGUGUGUUUAUUCUUAUGCAAUGCAUGUAACUUCUGUGUAAAUUUUUUCUGAAUAAAAUUUCCACACAAACUGUGGCUGGGCUUUUCAUAUUGUACCAUGCUCUUGGGAGGGUGGAUAUAGGUGCAGGGGACCCCAUAGGAUGAAAGUAUAAGACAAAAAUCUCCCCUCUCCACGCCUUUCUUUCUUCUCACCUCUCCCUCAGAGAAUCCUUAGCUUUCUUCAAAGCUAAGCUCAAGUGACAUCUACAGGAAAUGAGAAAAAAGAAAUCUCUUUUGUGCCCUCAUCAGAAAUGUACUUUUAAUUUUUUCAUAAAUGUAGGGUUGUGUUUCUUUUUUGGCAAAUGGAAAAAAAUCUUCAAUUAUUUUUGUACAAUCAAAAGCUUUUUAUUUUCCUAUUUAUUAGCCCUUGUGGCUACAGUUUUCUAUUGCUCUCAUCUUAAAGAUGAGGUCCUAUAAGUUUUUUGCUUGCAUUUAAAACCCAUCAAAAUCUGGCUCCAAAUUGUCUUUCUGUAGUGAUUUAACAAUAACUUCCUCCCUAUGUAUUCUCUGUCUCUCUCUGUCUCUAUCUCCCUCCCUCCCUCCGCCCCCCAUUAUAUAUCUUUUCACCUACUUAUCUAGAUAUGUGUUGUUUCCUCUCAGUAAACUAUAAGCUCCUUGAGAACAGAGUAUACUUUUGUAUAUACAAAAUACAAAUACUUUUGUAUUUGUAGUCCCAGCACCUGUGUUCCUGAUAUGCUAUAGGCACUUAAUAAAUUCUGAUUGAAUUUUGCUCUGGAGUCAUAAUGGCUAAGCAAUAAAAGUAAUAUACUUUAUAAAUGUUUUCUGCUAGACUCAAGAGCUAUGAUGCUGGAAGGGAAAUAAUUAUCUUUAGUUUUUCAGUAUAGGUCCAAUGGAAUGUCUUUGAUCUAAUUGUAUGUUUAAAUAUGAGAAAUCUAAAUCAUCAGGUAGGAAAACAGACUACCUACUUAGGUUCUGAAAGCCAGGUGGUUCACAUCCCAAGAGAAAAGAAAUCUGUCUCAAUUACUUCAACACUAAUCUUACUUGGAAUCUGGUGUAGUAUUUAGUUUUAUCCUAUAAAUAAUUGUAGAAUGAUAGGUUGGAGCCAGAUAAUGAUGGGCUUUAAAUGCAAGCAAAAAACUUAUUUCAAAGUCAUUUUAAAGAGUUAUUUCUUAAAUUUGUUUAAAUUUUGAGAUUCCUAGGCAAUGGUAAAGAGCAGAACCCCAUCACCGAAUUUUGCAUAUUUUCAGAUUUUUCCACGAUGCUACUUAAGUAUUUUUGAAGGCAAUAAGUUAGCAAAUGAAGUGCUAAUUUGCAUCAGUGGAGAGAAUUUUUAAUUAAUUUAUUUUUUUUAGUGAGGCAAUUAGGGUUAAGUGACUUGCCCAGGGUCACACAGCUAGUAAGUAUUAAGUGUCUGAGGCUGGAUUUGAACUCAGGUACUCCUGAUUCCAGGGCUGGUGCUCUAUCCACUGUGCCACCUAGCUGCCCGGAGAGAAUUUUUAUACCAGGGGUCCCCCACAUCUAUAAAGUCACAGAUUAAGACCACCAAAAAUGCUUUUCUUUACACAAUCUGUUCAGUAAUCAUGUAUUUCUGAGUCCAUAUAUUUCAUAGUUUCCUAAUCAUGAUACUCUGAACCAAUGGUUUUAUAGGUGUGAAAAAUGAUGCACAGACUUCUUGUAGUAUGGUUACACUUUGCCCAUUCUGACUGGACUUUACAAGUGCCCCCAUCCCAAAGGGCACACUAAACUGAAAGGGAAAAAAUUCUUGUCUCAGGAAUUUUAUCAUUUUCUUCAUUCCACACAUUUCCUAUCUUGAUGGUUUUAACAGUCAGUAACUAAAGAGAAAAUUCAACAUAGCCUCAUGGCUCAGAUGAAAUAUUUAUUAAACAACUGCUAUUUGUAAAGCACAAAAGAUAACAUGGGGAAUAUAAAGCUAUAUGUCAUGAUCCCUGCUCUCAAUGAGUUUAUAAUCUAUCAAGGUAGAUUUGUUGCCCAAUAACAGACUCUCUCAAAACCUUAAUUACCUAUUCACCUCUAUACCUGCACUGCAGUGAACUUUUUUUUUUUAAUUUUCUUGAACUUUUACUUUGAAAAGAUGCUGGAAAUGGAAUGUGACUUUCCCAUGAAACAAUCUUAUAUAAUAAGCAGCUAUGUACCGUUUUUUCCCUAGAAAUAUUAAUAAACAACGCAGUAAUACCACUACUAGGUUUGUAUCCCAAAGAGAUAAUAGAAGAGGAAAAAAGACUCAGAUGUACAAAAAUAUUUAUAGUAGCUCUCUUUGUGGUAGCAAAGAAUUGGAAACCAAGGAAAU